AUGAAAAUUAGCUGCGAUAUAAGCCAGUACGGAUCUGGGCGAAUAAGCAGUCAGAGACAGUACACAAAUUACGGUAGGGCGGAAUCUCUAACCUUGACCAGCAACCGUCCAGGAAGAAAACCUGAACGAAAAUCACCUGGCUGUAGGAAAAAAAUGUAAUGGAAAGCUAUAAUUUCCAAAACUCUAUAUGGACGACAACAUCAGAAGCAUUGUUAUCAUAGCGGGGACGGUCGGAUACCCAGCUGUUGGCAAUCGAGAGUGAACCCUGAAGGUCGUGCAGGGUGUGGUGGUUCACUUCUACAAUGGAUACAGCUGAUGACGGUGAACUUUCAUUUGACCCCACGGUUGAGUAAGAAGUCGCCGGUUGGAAAAAGGAAAUUGAAGACAGACUAGCUGGAGUCUUCCAACGUCUAAUUCGGACAGCGAAAUUAGUGGCAAAAGAGCUCACUUUGAGCUACAGUGAAUCUAAUGCCUUUGGACAUUAGGUUCAGAUGCUUCAAGAGGCUGUCAGCUUAUGCGAAUAGGAAGAAGGAAGCAAGGAGGAUAAUUAAAUGAGGACGGGUGGUCUGGAGGCAUCUCCAAGUAAAUCAACGAAUCCGUGACAGCUCGAACUCUUCGAGGCGAGUUUUGGCAUCAUCGAGAACAUCGAGAUGUGGCCAUUGGUGCCAGGCUACAGUUAACAAUGGUACAGGCGUCUCGCUCUCGUGUUAGAUGUUGUUGCAGCCAGAGAUGUUAAAGAAAUUUCGGACCACAUUCUGGAAACCGCAGAAGUUUUAAAAGGUAUGGUAUUGGGGGUCAGCGAUCUAUGGGCUUAUAGGUCACUAAUCGUCCAAGGUGCGCCCCGCCAAACUACCGCUCCGCUCUAUGUUUAAGGAGAUCAGACUGAUUAGAAGGAGGAUGCAAAAGUGUACAAAAAAAUGGGACCAUCAAAAAUUGAAAUGUCUUUAUAAAAAAUAUACAUGUAUGUUCAUAAUAUUCAUUCAGUUCGGGGCGUAGGAGGGUACUUGGAAAGAGUGAUACCCUAGACCCACACUUGAAAAUUUAAAAACUGAGUCAACAAUACAAAGAUAAUUUAAUUUUAAAUUAGACAAAACAAUUAAUUUCUUAGUAUUUUUAGGGUAUUUUAUAACAUGAAUACGUGACUACCGUUAUAUUACUAUAUCAGUAAAUUUAUUACCAAUGAAAUAAUUUUCAAACAAAAACAAACGGACAUUCUUCACACGUGGGUGGGUCACUGUUGUAGGUGAGAAGUUGGGAAGGUAGAGCAAAGAUAGGUAAUUAAAAAUACUGUCCUAGGAUAAUGGGGAUGGGUACAACCACUGUUAUAGGUAAUUUAAUGUAUAUGUGUACGCAACAAUUAACCAUUGCUAACCAAAAACGAUUCUGAACGGAGUUUGAUUAAUAGUAUUGCUUUAUCAACAAUAUUUAUAUGUUAUAUUAUGGUAAAAUAGUUACAUAUUUUCUUUAAUAAUAUUUGUUUAAUAUUGUACUUAUUAUCCCGUUUUUCCUACAGUUUUUCCGGGUUUUAGCGAAUUGUUAUGAAAAAAGAUAGGAAAAUUUAAAAAUGACCUUUUAAAAUACCCCUCAAUUAAAUUUCCUUUCGGAAAAAGUGCUAUAUUUGAAAAUUGUAGAAAAAUUCUGGUAGAAAAUUUGUUAAAAAAAAAAAAAAAUAUAAAUAUCAUUAUAAACUAAUACAUUCCGUUCAGAAUCUAAAAUGGGUUAACACAUUUUUUUAAAUUAGUAAAUUCGGUAUAUGAAGUCAGCAAGUUUUUAAUCUCUCAGAACUCCUCUUAAUCGAUUUUUGUAAACGUCGCAUCGGUUAAGCCUAUUAAAAUAUUAGGAGGAAUACUCAAAAAAUAUUUUUAGAAAAUAAGAAGUACUCCGUCCCAACACAAUUUAAACGUCGACUUUAACUAUCUACCGGUAUAUCUAUUAACUGUACAAGCGCGGCUUCAGGGGGUGACUGUGCCCCCCCAGCUACUUAUUCAACGGCCGUAUUUUUUUCUGAAUUACUGGUACAACUGACAGUCCAGGCCUGAGGGUCUCCUUUAUGUUAAAUAAUUAUUACAAUCCUUAAAAGAGAAAAAUGUGGCUUCGCUCAAGGAUGUCAGAUAAUAAUUUGUUAUUGAAUUUAUGUUUCCUAAACAUACAUCGACAAAUUGAUACCUAUUUUAAAUGAAAUUGAUUACAUUUUAUAAUUUUAGAUGGUUUUGAAAAAUCUAAAUCAGAAAAGUCCAAUUUAUAAUACAUGUAUGAGAUUUUUAUUUGGUAGCCUUUAAUUGUACGAUAGAAUAAAUUUUGCGCAUUACUUUUAAAACGAUUUUGCGCUUAUUGUCUGUGAAACCAGUCUCAAUGUCUGAUGAUGUAAGAUAAUCACAUAAUAUAUUAUAUAUAUAUGACAUUGAAUAAGAAUUAUUAGGUAGGAAAACUAAGUAGGUAGGUACUUAGACUUUUUUGUCUGUAUUUUACGAUAGUAUUGCUAUAUAUUUUUCAAUCAAAUCGCAAUAUUAUACAUUCAGUGUACGACUGCCAAUCGUUCGACAUAAGUUCGAUUUUAUUAAGUCAUUUUUAGUGAUUUUAAUCAAAAACAAUUUUUUUUUUCAAUAUACUUACCUAUCUGUCGACUGGUGUUUGUGUUUUUGAUACUUCUAAGUUAUCACUAAAUAGAUUGUCUACCAUAAAUCAAAGGUUUGUAUAUCUUAGGUAUAUAUAAAUUUAUUUUUUUUUGGAAAGAAAUGUCUGAUGUUUAUUGUUUUUUUAUAAAAAUUAUAUUUAAAUAAAUUAUAAUAAUAAUAUAAUAUUAGUAAUAACUAGGGCCCGGAUUUAAAAACACUAAAAAUCAUCGAAAAAUGAUCUAAAAAAAGCUAAAAAUACUCUUUAAAUGACAUUUUUUUUAAAUUUAUUGUUUUAUUGGGUAAUUUAUAAUAUUCUUAUUUUAUUUAAAAAAAAAAUUUGAAAAUUAAAAAAUUUUCAUUGUGGAUAUUGAAUUGUUAAAUGCCCCCUCCCCCAGUCAAUUAUGCCGUCAGAUAUCAGUGAUUCUAUUAAGGCAUAGUAAACUUAGUGCAGUACUGAUGAUUCAAAUUCCUAAAAACAUAUAUCAUAUUAUAUAACAUAAAUAGAUUAUAAUCUAUCUAUUUACUAAUAAUUAUUGGUGUUAUAUUUUGUAUGUAUCGUUAUUUUGUAACAUCAGGUACCUAUUAUUGUUGUAGAUAUUAAAUUUUGUAUUUUUGUCAAAGAACGGAUAGCCAAUUUUUUGGAGGGAUAAUAUAAGAUUGUGGUUUCUAGUUAUUUAAUUCAUAGUAGUCGAACAAAUUCAAUUAUUUUACCGUAGUUUCUACACAUUCCAAAUCCUUCGAACACACCUAACCUAUCGAGUGCAUCCAGAUUUUUUUUUUUAAAAUUAAAAUAAAUUGGUUAAGUAUACUUUUGUUAACUACAUGAGAUCUCAAUUUCUCUGUACACUACAGGCCCAUAAUAUAUUUUAUUUGUACAUUUUAUGGACAAGCUUUUUACAUUCCAUUAAAUAAUGUAAUAACAUUUUUUUUUAUAACUUACUCUAAGCCAUUUAGGCCAAUUAUUUCCGCUUUCAUAAUCUUUUUCCAGUAGCAUUUUCAACGUUCAAGGUCAAUUUCUUAUAACCAUGAAUUUUAAACGAUUCAUAUAUCAUUUGUUAACUGUACUUUUGAACUUGAGUUGUAAAUUUUUAAUGUAGAUUUGAUGUUGAAGAACCGUGCUUAAAGCCCAGUUCAAACACGGUGGAAGGGUACAAAAAUCGGUGUACAUUGGGUCCGGGUCAAAAUCCCGACAGUGAAAACCCCAAAUUGGUCGAAAUACCAUCGGUUAAAAUCUUAAAUUGAUCGAAAUACCGACAGGUACAUAGCGUUGAAAGGGCUAUCUUUGUAAUAUUUGUAUUUUUUCUAUUUAUAAAAUAUAUACUCUACAUCUCUACACUAUUAUAGUGUUAACUGUUGGGGUUGUAACUGUCAAGAUUAUAACUAUCUGCAGGAUAAUAACUGUCGAGAUUUUAAACACUUCUCGUACACAUUAUAAGCUUAACUAAUCUAGAUUUAAAUUAUACUAUUUAUAUCAUCUUAAUUUUUAAUAGUUGAAAAUAAUUUAUAUAGGGUUUUCUUGUCCCGUUCGCGUUCAAUCUCAAAAGUAUUUCCAUUAUUAAAUCUUCGGCAACGUCAGCUUGGCGUCGGAGUAAUGACGUUGCAAUUUUGUAUGUCACAACCGAUAUUCUAUGAAACAUAGUGAUUCGUAAAAAUUGUUUGUACAUUUUCAUGCCAUUAUCGUAUUUGUGUUUUAUAUUUAACAGUUUUAUGACAUAGUUUUCAGGAUCAGACCUAAGUAAUUAGUACUUGAAUACUUCAUAUGUAACAGAUAGAAGUAAAUCAGUUAAACUAUAUGUUCCUUAUCUAAAGUGUUUCCUUUAAGUUUUGGUACCUGUGCCAAAAGGCAAAAGGCUUGUUCUUAAGACCUUAUUAUUCAAUUUUUUUAUAAAUGAUUUACCGUUUGUUUUUAAUUCCUAAGUUAGUUAAUGAUAUUUUAAUGUUCGUCAAUGAUAUAGUUCAUUCCACGAGAUAAAGGUAACGUUUCGCGCAUGUCGAAUGAACAGUGAACACCCGUUACGCCGUUAAAUUUCCUCCAAUUAACCGCUGAGGUUUACGACGAGUUAUACAACGUGCUAGAAUUCAUAGGUGUACGUAGAUCUCUUUUUCAGGUAAUGCAAAAGGCCACUACUAGCGCCCCUAAAAGUUAAGUUCGUAAAACUCUGAUGAAAAAAUAUACAUAAAUAUUGAAAUGUCCAGUCAACUGUUUAGUUAAAAAUGUAAUUUUUACUUAAAAUUCAAAUUGAAUUACAACAUAAAACGUACAUAUAGUGUAAAAAAAAUUUGAUUAAACUUAUUACAUGGUUUUUGUGAAACCUCGGGGAAGUAGACCCCUAUUCUCCCCCCUUAAUCCGGAACUGGUGUUCAGGGUAUGCAGUUGCAUACCCCGUAUACUCCAUGCGCUCGCCUAUGCUAAAAUUAUUAAUAAUUAUUGUGCUUUGGACGAUACAUUUUACUGAAAUUGGUCAUCCAUACUCGAUCAAUUUAAUUAUAAAUAGUAUAAUAUAAAUUAAUAUUACUAUUAUUUUUAUAAAAUUAAGUUUUAAAUAAAGAAAUGAAAAAAAAAUUAUUCAUGUAAAACGUCAGAAUAAAAACGACAAUGUUGAUGUUUUUUAUAUCACGCAUAAUGUAUAAACAAACAACGAUAAAGUUCAAUAGGUCCAGUCAAUAGGAAUUACAUACCAACAGUCGGACGGCGACUGUCGCGCCUUGGAAACCGUACCUUAAUGGUCGCAAAGGUCCGUUGUGGUAAACGUUCGAUGUUGUGGGACACGCGCAACCUGCGGCCGUUACCGUUCUCUUAUGGAAUGGACUAGACCAUAAUGUGUUUUGGGGCCGAAUCGAUGUUCAGCGGAAAGAGUUACGGUAUAAAUCUCAUAUCCGCGGUGUGCUCAUUGCGGUGAGCUUUUAGUCGGAGACGGGAUAAGCGCGAAGUUGUAUGUAGACAGGAAACACAAACAAAUACAAUUUAAAACAAUCAAAAACAGACGCAAUGUUUUUCCUGUUACGUUUUACGUAUACUGCCCAAGCACAAUGGCAAGUGAACGAUCACGACGAUAAAUACAGGAAUGGUACUGGGUAAAAGAUACGUUGACACCAUGACAAGUUUCGGUUUUGUUGAGAAAGUCGAAAUCGUUGAGUCCAUUGUAAUCGGGACUUCAAUGAUGCUAAAAUAGGGUGACCAUAUUAAAAAAAAUAAAAUACAGGACAAAAAUAUUAUCCAUAAUAUUUUUAAAUUAAUAAGUAUGUAUUAUUUUUUUUUGUUGUUGUUUAAACUAUUAAAGAUUAAAAUUAAACACAUAAAAACAUUAUUUUGAAAAACAUAUAAUAAUAUAUAAUUAAAUUAAAUUAAUAUUUUUUAAAAUUUCUUCAAAUCCUUUAUUCAUGUAUAUUGUAUACUUUACUUUUUAAAAAAAACUUGUUAAUUCAUUUUGAUGGCGAUUGUUCUGACAUUUCUUCACUAAUUGAUGUUUCAUAUUUUUCUGAAGAACUAAUUAAGUUUAACAAUUUGGGAUGUUUAAAAACGUACGAUUAAAAACAAGUCGACGACACUCAAGAGUCAACGAUUGUUGGAACAUUACUAAUGAAAUAAAAACAUUUCAAAAUAUGUUUGAUUGCCGAUGACAUAAUGCUUGUCCACGACAUGGGGCUAUUAUUAGGUUAUUAUUAAUAUAUUUUUAUUUUACAAUACGCUCACAUUUGAUAACGAUCUGGUUUACUUCGCCGACAACAAUGUGAUGCAACAAUAAUAAUGGUANCAGUAAGACUAAAAACGAGAUUACUAUGGGACAGAUUUGAAAUUAUAGGACAAAAAGCGUCCUGAGAGAAGUUUGUUAGGACAACAGGACACAAAGCCGAAAUAAAGGAUAACCUGUAUAAAACAGGACGUAUGGUCACCCUAUGCUAAAAACAUCGUUGUAGUCAUACGGAAAAAUUACCGCUAUUAUAAGGACAAAUUUUGAAAAUUCCAUUGAGAAAUCCAGUCUAUCCAGUCUGAAGUAAAAAAGUAAAAAAAACCUAACAAUAAACGUGUCUGAGCCUAACUGUUUUAUAUUUUAUACAAUUAAAAUAAAACGGUUAAACGAAUUUUAAAAUUUUUCACAAUUAAAUUAAUCACACAUAAAAAUGUUAUAAUAUAAAAAAUAUAAUUAAAUUAAAUUAAAACCUGUGUUUAAACGUAUUGUACUUGAGGUUUUCCGGUGCUUAAAUAAAUAAAUAAUAAUAAUAUUUUAUAUAUGUUUUCUAGAACAUUUUAAAAACAAGCUGUUCCAAAAUGUUAUAUUUAUGUUAUUUUUGUGUGUAAAACACACAAAAAACUACCUACUUUUGAUUUUCAAAUAGCAACCUAUAUUAAAAAGUGCAUAAAUAGUGUUAUUAAGUGUUAGUUAAAAUACAUUUUUGUGUUGACAUUUUUGAUUUCCGUCGAUCCGUUAACGAGAUAUUCUACUUUUCAAUAUGGGUUGGAGGAGAGUGGUAGAGGAGCACCGCUACUCUCUUUCAACCUAAAAUUAAAAGUGGUAUAUCUCGUCAACGGCUUGACAGAAAUCAAAAAUGUCAACACUUAAAUUUAUUUUACCUACUACUCAAUCUAUUCAUGGACUUUUCAAUAUAGGUUGCGACUUGAAAAUCAUAAAUGGGUAGUUGUUUUACCCACAAAAAUAACAUUUUGGAGCACCUUGUUUCUAAAAUGUUAUAUUUGCCAGAUAUAAUAUUAAUAUGUCUACAGUAUAAUGUCUAUGGUAAAACAUCAAAUUGUACAGGUGGUUACACUGAUAUUAGCACGUGUUCGAAUAUCCUGCAAUUGGUUAUCAUUUCAAGAUUAAAAAAAUCGGUUUAUUGCCUGAAAAAGAAAAAACUGUAUUUCGUUGAUGAUUUUUGUAUAGGUUCCUUAUUGUAUUAUUUUAUUUCAUUUUUUUACUGCGUAAUUCUAGACAGUUAGGAUUUUAUUAAAAAUGGAAAAAACACAUUGCUAUAGACGUUCCUUUAUGCACAAUAAAUUUGAUCCGAAAAUCAUUGAAUCUGUAAUGUUACCUAGCAGUAAAACAAUGGAUGUUACUUAGGAAGGCUAUUUCAAGGUAUGGUAUACCUAUGUCAACUUAGACCCGACUAAAAAACUAAAUAAUUAUAUACAUAUGCUAUUGAACAGAUACGAAAAACAGUUUUAUUUUAUUGAAGCGGACAAUUGAUAUUUAAUAUUUAAAAAAUUCCAUUCCAGGCAUGCCAGGAUCAAUUGAAAUAGUAAUAUCUGGUAUUGCUGGAAGAUUCCCAGAAUGUGAUUCAACUGAAGAAUUUAAACAGAAAUUAUACAGUAAUGCUGACCUGUUAACUGUAGAUGAUAGAAGAUGGACUCCAGGUAAACUAAUUUUAUUAUUAAUUACAUUUACUAUAAUUGUGCACCUACAUUAACUACUAAACUAUUAAUAAAAAAAAAAAUUAACCAUUUUAACCAACAUCUAAAAAGGGGGUUAAUUAAGGAUUUAAAGAACAAAUAAUUUUAUUUCUUUAUACUAUGUUUAAUUUUUUGACUAUUUGAUUUUACUCAAUAUUAUGAGUGUGUAAUUUCUUUAUGUAGGCAUUUACGGAAUUCCAGCAAGAACAGGAAAAUUGAAGGAUAUUAGUAAGUUUGAUGCAGAAUUUUUUGGAAUACAUUCAAAAUUAGCAAACUCUAUGGAUGUUCAGCUUAGGAUUCUCCUUGAGGUUGUACAUGAAGCUAUUGUUGAUGCAGGUAUUUUAUAUUUAAUAAUCACUUUACUGAAUUUCAACAUUAUUAAUUUUUUACAGGUGUAAACCCACAGGAAAUAUGUGGAACCAAAACAGGAGUUUAUGUUGGUAUGAUGACUACUGACACUUCAGAUUACUUUGAACGUACCCCAGAAACAUUAACUGGAUAUGAAACAAUUGGUGCAAUUAGAUCAAUGCUAGCUAAUAGAAUUUCUUUCCAAUUUGAUCUUAAAGGUUAGACAUUAAAUGUUAUCAUUUUUAUAUAUUACUAUAAUUUACUAUUAUAAAACAGGUCCAAGUGUUACAAUUGAUACUGCAUGUUCAAGUUCAUUAUUUUGUUUGCAUGAUGCUAUUACAGCAAUAAAAACAGGCCAAUGUGACGCUGCUAUAAUAGCAGGAUCUAAUUUACUCUUAAAACCAGCUAUUUCAGUUAUUUACCAUAAAUUUAAUAUGCUUAGUCCAACUGGAACUAGUAGGCCCUUUGACAUUGGUGGUUAGUAAAUACUAAACUUUAUGAAACUAUAGGUCAAAUUAAAUGUACUAAUAUUUAUUAUAGCUAAUGGUUAUGUAAGAAGUGAAGCGAUUGUUGCUAUUUAUAUCAGGAAAUCAACUGAUGCCAAACGAGUUUAUGCUACUGUAGUUGGGACAUCAACCAACACUGAUGGAUUCAAAACUGAAGGCGCUACAUAUCCUUCACAAGCAGUGCAAAGUCAAUUGAUUAGAGAUACGUAUGCUCGCAGCAAUAUAAAACCCAUAGAUGUCCAUUAUGUUGAAGCUCAUGGGACAGCAACGGGUGUAUGUUAAAUAAAUAUAUUUUAGAUUCUGAGCGAAGAAUGAAUUAUUUUUACUAUAAUUAUAAUAUCAUUUUUUUGAUUUUUUCUGCUAUAAAUAUUACUCCAAUUAAAAAAUUACAAAAGACCUAUUAUGUGUUUGUGCAUUGGAAGGUGAUUUAUUGCAUUUCCAAGUGGUUUUUUCUAAUAAUUGGGAAAAAACCUAUAAAAACCUAAUCAAAAAUAUACAGUGCACCUCGACAUUAACAGUUUCAUUAUUUUAAAGUUUAGUUUCAAUUUUAUAUAUUUGGUGCAUAAGAAAGUUAUUUUUUGAUUUUCUUUGUAGUUGUUUUUAUAAUUGGAAAAACUAAUAGGUUUACAGAAAUAAUUGUUUCAUUAUUAUUAUUUUUUUUUUGUAAUUGGGUUAAACAUUGCAAAGACCUAAAAAUUUCACAGAGUACUAAUAUUAACUUUCCCUAGUCAUGGUAAAAUAAAAUUCUGGUGGUUUUUGAGUUAUUUAUAGAUAUUUGACAUUUUCUAAUUUUUAAUUGAUACAAUUGUGUAGCCAAAAAGAAAUAUAUGAAAAUUUAAUAUAAGGUUCAUUACAAAUUUACUUAGUGAUAAAAAAAAGAGUUUUUUUUAAAAGCAUUUUAAGAUCAAUUUUCAACAAAAAUUAAAGCAUUUAAAAAACAUUUUUAAUAACUGAACUUUGUUCAAAAUGAUUUUUCUUAGCAACAGUUUAUCACUGAUUUCAGAUAUAAAUUAAAUAAAUUUAUGUACUUUCUCAACUGUCCACUUACAAUAGUAGUAUACCUGCCUCUAGUAUUUUUUUUUUUUUUUUUAUUUGCAUUUUUGAAAUCAUGUUAUAUAGGUGGGAGACAAACAAGAGUUAAAUGCAAUUUCAGAUGUUUUUUGUAUUGGCCGUAAAAGUCCUCUACUUGUUGGUUCAGUUAAAUCAAAUGCGGGUCACACAGAACCAGUGUCAGGUUUGGUAUCAAUAAUCAAAGUGCUUUAUGCGUUGGAAACAGGGAUUAUUCCAGCUACUAUUAAUUUUGAAAGAUUGAACCAUAAUAUUCCUAAACUUGUAACUGGAGAAUUAAAGGUGAGGUACUUAUAAAUUUACUAAUAAUUUCAUAGUGUUUUUCAAUUUAUGGGAUUUAAUACAGGUUGUUGAUAAGCAAAUGCCAUUACCAGGAGAUAUGGUUUCUGUUAACUCAUUUGGCAUUGGAGGUACAAACGUUCAUGUUGUUCUUAAAGCCAAUAGCAAAAAAGUGCAGACUGAGUCGUUACCAAAGCUCAAUAUUCCUAGACUAGUAUUUUUAUCAGGAAGAACAAGAGAAACAUUGAAUGAACAAUUUGAAAUUGUUAGUCAUAUAUGUCAAUAAUUUCUAAUGUAAACAGUUUCAUAUUUCCUUCUGUAAAUAACUAAUAAUUAGUAAAUUUUUGUUUUUGCACGUUUAACUUUAAAAGAAAAUAGUUUUCUAAAUAUUUUGAUUAUAUAAACCUUAACAUUAGAAAUGUUAUUUAUUAAUUUGAAUUAUUUAAAGUUCCAAUAAGAAUAAUACUCAUAACGACUGUAUAAUUUUUUAUGUACCUAUUAUAUUUAUUGUAAAUUACAAUUUUGUUUUAGAUUGAAAGUUAUGCAGAUAAUUAUGAUUUUUUAACUUUGAUUGAUGAUAUUUACAAAUCGCCAAUUUCUGGUCACAGAUAUUCUGGAUAUUCAAUUCUUAGGGAAAAUCCUCAAACUGUUGAAAUAGCUGUAAGUUUAAUGUUAAUCUAAUAAUAAACACAAAAUUUAACUUGUAUGAAUAUUAAUAUUUAAUAUAAUAGCCAGGUAAUGUUUCUGGGGAAAAGAGGCCAGUCUACUUCAUAUUUCCUGGUAUGGGAAGUCAAUCAAUAGAUCUAGUCAAAGAUUUAAUGAAAUUUGAUGUAUUUAGAGGAGUUGUAGAUAAAGCACAUACAAUUUUAAUCCCUCUUGGAUUCAGUGUUUAUGACUUAUUUUACAAAUCCAAUGAUAACACGUUUAAGAAUAUAGUUAAUGUUACAAUCACAAUUAUUAUUGUUCAAGUAAUAAAAAUAAUAAUAAGUAUAAUUCAAAACUAUUAUUAAUAAAUCAUCAUAUUUUUAGAUUGGUCUUGUUGAUAUUUUACAUUCCUUUGGAAUUACACCAGAUGGGAUUAUUGGUCACUCGGUUGGUGAAAUUGCUUGUGCAUAUGCAGAUGGAUGUUUCAAUUUGGAAGAAUCAUUAUUGACAAUAUUCUGGAGAUCUAAAAUUUUAACUGAAAUAGAAGUAGUUGUUGGGGCUAUGGUUGCAGUAGGAUUAUCAUGGGAGGAAACCCAAAAAAGACUACCUGAAGGAGUUGUAGCAGCUUGUCACAAUAGUUCUGAUAGUGUCACUAUUUCUGGACCUAAAGAAAUAACUUUGAAAUUUACUGAAACUUUAAAACAAGAAGGCGUAUUCACAAAACCUGUAGAUUCAUUGGGAUAUGCUUUCCAUUCACCAUACUUACAAAAACUUAUACCUGCCUUGAAACCAUAUUAUGCAGAGGUAUUCUAAAUUAAUGAAGUACAAUCUAAAUAAUUUUUAAACUCCUUAGUAUCAUUUAUUUUAUAAUCAAUAGUGUUAUGUAUAAAAAUUAAAUAGUUAAGUAUAGAUUUUACAGAAAAGUUAUCUUCAUUGGAUAUUCUGUAUUUUAUGUAUAAAUAUAUCAUUUUUUUUUUUUUUUUAUAAUAGAUUAUGAAGAAUCCUAAACCAAAAUCUAAUCGAUGGAAGAGUACAUCAUUACCUGAAGAUCAAUGGAAUACACCAGAAGGCCAAUAUUCAUCAAUGGAUUACCAUUUAAAUAACAUAAGUUCUCCAGUUUACUUUCAUAGUGCCCUUCAAUUUGUACCUGAAAACGCUAUAACAAUUGAAAUUGCCCCUCAUUGUUUAUUGCAAGCAAUUUUAAAAAGAUCACUACCUCCUACUGUAACAAAUGUUAGUUUAACAAAAAAAGUUACUACAAGUCACAUAAAUUACCUAUUAGAAGCUAUUGGAAAGUAAGGUUUUAAUUUCUAUAAACAUAUUUUUAAAUAUUAUAAAAAAUGUUAUAAUACUUAUUAAAGAUUGUAUAUUGCUGGAGCAGAGCCACAGUUGAAAAAUAUAUAUGGUAAAGUCGAGUAUCCCGUAGUCAAAGGAACACCAAUGAUAUCACCAAUGUUGAAAUGGGAUCAUUCAAAUGACUAUUUAGUGCCAAAUUUUUCAGAACAAGUAUGUGUUUAAUCAAGUUUAUUAUUUAAUGUUAAAUGUUUUAAAGUAUUGAAAUUAUUUUAAUAAUUUUUAAAUUUUUUAGAGUUAUGAUUCAAAUGGCAAUACAGUUGAAGUUAAUUUAAAAAAUGAUGAAGAUAAAUUUUUAAUUGGACAUACAAUUGAUGGACAUAUAUUGUAUCCAGCUGCAGGAUAUAUAGUAAGUAUAAAACUUAUAAACAAUUUUCAAUGAACUAUUAUAUUUUUAAUGUUUUCAUGUUGGAGUAUUUUUAAUACCUGUAAACGCCAAUUGUUAAUUUCAUAUAAUAAAGUCAAAUACUUCCAAAACUAUUAAUGCAAUUAUUAAAGUUUAGAUAAAUCAUGUAAAAAAGUCAGAAAAUAAUUUAAUUAAUUGUUUAGUUCAAAACUCGGUUCAUUUCAGUUUAAAACCAUAUUGGAAUGUAAAAUAAAAAUAACCGGCUGAAAAAGUGUAUGCAAAUACAAAAAUCAACAAAAUAAAAAAUUAACAAUUAAAUUUAUUAAUAUAUCUGUAUUAAAAUGUUUAAUCAAAAAGAAAAAUCAUUUUUAAUCAUUAAUAAUUUAAAAGCCACCUAAAUAUCUUUUUUAACAUUUAGGGUAGAAAAGUUUGAAUAUCUCUAACAUGUUUAAUAUAACACAUUGUUCAUGUACAUUUUUUAUUAAUAAAAAAAUAUUUGUAUAAAAUGUAUCAGUUAUUUAGUAACAAUUUAUAAAAUUUGAUCAAAUUAUUAGUACAUUUAAUUUAAUUACAGACAUUAAUAUGGAAGGCGUUUGCAAAACUUCAUGGCAAAUGGUUUGAAGAUGUCCCAGUUGUUUUUCAAAAUAUAAGAUUUCUCAGACCCACUUUACUUAAUACUGAAAGUAAAUAACACAAACAUAAAAAAAAUUCUUUUGAAUUAACUGCAUUUUAUCCCUUAUAGAUAUUGUUAAAUUUAACAUUAACAUUUUGAAGGGAUCAGGAGAGUUUGAGCUAUUAGUAGAAGAAUCUGUAACAGUUUCUGGUAUUAUUAGUUUAUUUACCAAGAAUAUUACAGAAUAUCAAAUUGAACAUCCAAUAAUAAUUUCUGAAAAGAUGGUGUUAAAUUCUGAUGAUUUUUACAAGGAAUUAAGACUUCGUGGUUACCAAUAUAAAGAUGCAUUUUUAGGCUUUGUUGAAUCAAAUAUCGAAGGUACAUUUUUCAAAUGAAUUACUUAAGUAUAAGAAAUAAAGCAUGAUUUUUAUUUAUCAGGUUCUAAAGGUAAAAUCACUUGGACUGGAAAUUGGGUAUCUUAUAUUGAUACUCUCUUACAGUUUGAACUUAUAUCUAUUAAAUCAAGAGACCUUUAUUUACCGACAUACAUUAAAGAAGUUAUUAUUGACCCCAUAUACCAUAAAAAAGUUACUGAGGGAUCAUUAAAUUCUAAAGGUAUUAAAAAUAAUGAUAUUAUUUUAUAUUUUACUGAAGCAAAUUUAUUUCUAAAAGUUGAAGUAAAUCAUUAUGGUCAUGCAAAAUCAACACAGUCUGGUGGAGUUGUGGUGUCAAAAUUAAAAGUAACACCAUUGCCAUUGAGAAAAACUAUGCAACAACCAGCAAUUUUGGAAUAUUACUCAUUUAUACCUUAUAUGUAUAAAGUAAAUAUUCAAACUGUUCAAUUACGUACUAAAAUUAAAGUAAUAUUUUAUAUUUUAUCAGACUAAAGAAUUGUCUACAUAUGACGUCCUUUAUACUUUGGUUGGCUUGUUCAUGGAAAAUAUUGGAGUACAUAAUUUAAAAGCAGCAGAAUUUUAUAAAAAUAAUUUACAGGCUCUUGACAUUGUUCAAAUAAUAGAAACAGAAGCUAAGUUUUAUGUAGGUAGUACCUAUAAGUAUUAUUCUAUGACACAGUUAAACUAAAUAUUACCAAAUUUUUUUUUUUUUAUAGGUCAACUACUCUGUUUUGUCAAAUAAGCCUGUUAAUGUAGAAAAAAGCAAAUUAUCAGCUUUAGAUAUUAAAAUUAUUAACUUUGAUAUUAAAAAUGCAAUUUUAACAGACAAAUAUCAUUUGUUAGUUGCUGAGGAUUCUCAAUUUGAUAGUACUUUGUUGAGUACAUUUUCUACAGCUUUAAUGCCAAGAGGAUUUCUUCUUUUGGUCGAAAAUAUUACUGUUGUACCCUCAUCAAUGUUAAAGUCAUCAAAUCUUCAAAUAGUUGCUAUUGCUGAAAAUAAUAAUAACAAAUAUUUUUUACUUAAAAAGGUAAUUUUAUUAAAUAAAUUAUAAUUUAUAAUAUUUGUUGUAAGUUAUAUAGUUAUUUUUUUCUUAUUUUAUUAGUUAUCCCCUAAAUAUGAGUACAUAACUUUAAAAAUUGAAGAUGGACAGUUUUCUUGGAUCGAAAAAUUAAAAAAGGAACUAGCUAAUAUUAAUACAAAUCCAAACAAAAAAGUUAUAUUAUAUAGUGAUCAAAAUAUUAAUGGUGUUCUUGGCCUAUCUAAAUGUUUAGUUGAAGAAUUCUCUGGUGAAGAAAAUCCUGUUAGGUGAUACCUAGUUUAUAACAAUAAAAUUAAAGUUUAGUAAUUAAAUUAUACCAAAUAUUUAUGUAAUGUUUAGAUGUAUAUUGGUUGAUUCUGAUAAAAAAUAUACAUUCAAGGAUUUUGAAUCACUAUUAGAAACUGAUUUAUUAUUUAAUGUGGAAAGAGAUGGUGUUUGGGGAUCAUAUAGACACUUACCGAUAAAUAUAAAAACUUGUUCAAAUGUUCUCACAGCUCAUGCUAAAGUAUCAGUUCUGGCAAAAGGUGAUCUAACAACACUCCAAUGGAUUGAGUCACCCAAGUACAAAUUAUAUAUAUAUAUAUAUUUAGUAUAAAAAGGUUUAUUUCUAUGUUUAUUUCAAAUUGUAAUUAAUAAUUUACAGAUAUGCCAAUUCUAGUGACAAUUUAAUUAAAAUAUCAUACAUAGGCAUUAAUGGUGUGGAUAUAACUGCAGUUUCUUCAAUGGUAAUUAAGUAAUUAUUAUUACUAAUAAUUUUUUUUUUAAAUUUAUUAGGUUAUAACUUAUAAAAUCAUAUAAUUUAUUAUAAAACUGUGUAAGUAUCUAAAACAAAUGUAUAACAUAUUUUAGAAAACUGAAUUUGGUGUUGAAUUUUCGGGUGUCAAAGCAAAUGGUAAAAAAGUAAUGGGAUUGGUUAAAAGUGGUGCUUUAUCUUCAACUAUUAAUCAUAAUAAUGCUCUUCUAUGGAAUGUACCGCAAAGUUGGACUUUAAAACAAGCCGCCACUUUUCCGUAUUCAUUCUUUAUGGUAAUUUAUCUAAUAAUAUUAGUUUAAUAUAAUUUAUUAAAUUUAUCAUAAAUUAUAAUUUAGGCCACUUAUGCUUUAAUGCAUAACGGAAAAUUACCAAAAGCCAAAAAUGUGCUAGUAUGUCUUAGUAAUAAUAGCAUUAACUACGCAAUUAUUUCUGUUGCUUUGUCCCUCAAAUGUAAAGUAUUUGUAAUAGCUGAAACUGAAGAACAACUGAAAGUUGUUAAAACAAAUCACUCAGAAGUGAGUAAACAAAAUAUUGAUUAUGAAUUAAAUUUUAACUAUUUAAGACUUAUUGUUUUUAUGCUUUAUAAAGAUAAUUCCAUUUUCAACAACAAUGCUGGAUUCAAAAUUUAUAAAUAUAGUUUCAAAAACUACUCAAACUCGUGGAAUUGAUUACAUUAUUUUAUCAAAAAAUGUUCCUAACCGUUUGCCAGAAAUAUUUGCAAAUGAAGCUAAAGUGGUUGUCACUGAAAAUAUAGACAUUUCUAUUUUACCAAGUAAAAUUAAUUUUUGUUUUUAUAUCCUUUUAACAUUAACUAAAUGCUUAGUUACUUUUUUUAAUAAGAUAUUUUACCAAAUUAUAUUGAUUGUUUUUAGACUCACUGAAUAGAUUUGAAGUUAUCUCAGCUAAGUUUGAAGAUAUUCCUAUUUUGAAUAGUAAAUUUGUUAAUAAUAUUUAUUCAUUUGUCAAAUCAAAAGUUAAAUGUAAUCUUAUAAAACCUCUAUCAUAUUCUGUAUUUCCGUAUACCGAUGUUCAGUCAGCAUUCAGGUAAAUGAGAAUUAAUAUGGAUAUCAUUUGGUUUGGUAACAAAUUAUUUUAACUACGUACAUAUUAUUAUGUUAUAUAUGGUUGCUUUAACAAAAUUAAAAUUUAACUUCUUGUCUAUAGGGCAUAUGUUAAUAAUACUGCUGCCCAUAAUAAGAUCAUUGUUGAAGUUAAUGGAGAGGUUUCAAAAUUAAACUUGGAAGCUUACAAACAGGUUUACUUUGACCAGUAUAAAAGUUAUAUAUUUUCAGGUUAGUCUUUUGAAAUAUAUAAAUAUAUUUCUUCUCCUUUGUCCCAAAAAUUUAGUGUCAGCCAUCCUUAUUUCAAACUUUGAAUUUACCCCAUCUCCCACAUCAUCAUGGUUUACAUUAGCUGUCCUCAUAUUCCGUUCCUCCUACGUUUAUUUACAUUGCCAUUCUUACUGCUUCUUAUUCUUCUCUCUGCAUGACAUGCUCAAACUAUAUUGUUUAAUAUCAAAGUCACAUUUAUGUUACCUCUUAUGAACUUAUUCCUUAUCCUGUCUUCUCCUGUCAUUCCAUCCAUCUACUUAUUCAUUCUCUGUUCUAUUUUUCUGUCUACCGCUCUGAGUUAUACAACAUAUAGAUUAUAAAUUUAACUAUUAAGUACUUUAUAUUCCUAGGCGGUCUCGGUGGAUUUGGAAUGGAGCUUACGAACUGGGCAGUAGAACGUGGAGCAAAAAAUAUUGUUCUAUGUUCUCGAAGUGGAAUUCAAUCUGGUUAUCAGAACUAUAGAUUAAAUAUUUGGAAAAGUCAAGGUGUCAAUGUUGAAAUUAGCACGUAUGAUUUGACUACAUUGGCAGGAGCUAAUGACACUGUAAAAUUAGCCUCGAGUCUAGGACCAGUUGGAGGAAUUUUUAACCUAGCUGGGGUAUGAUCUAUAGAAAAUUGAAUGAAUAUUUUUGACUAAUUUUAUAUAAUUUACACACAUUUUAAUAAUUUAGAUUUUAAAAGAUGGGUUAUUUAAAAAUCAAUCGAUAAGCGAUUUUCAAAAUGUAUAUAACAGUAAAGUGUUGACUACUAAAUAUUUGGAUGAAGCAUCUAGAGGUUUAAACAAUAAUUUACAAUAUUUCGUUACUUUCUCAUCUAUUUCAUGUGGUAGAGGUAACAAAGGUCAAACUAAUUAUGGUUAUGCAAACUCCAUUAUGGAAAGAAUUACAGAGCAAAGGCAGAGACAAGGAUUACCUGCUGUAAGGGCAACUUUCAUAAAUCAUUUGGUUUUGUUUUUAAAAUAUUGUGUUUAAAACAUAGUCAUAAUAUUAAACAAUUCUUCAUUUAUUCAUCAGCAAUCAAUCCAGUGGGGAGGAAUUGGUGAUGUUGGAAUGGCAUAUAAAUUAAUUCAUGGAAACAAUAAAAAAGAAAUCAAUGGCACGCUACCUCAAAAUAUAUCAUCUUGUUUAUCUGUAUUAGAUGUGCUUUUAACACAAAGUUUGGCCGUUGUCACUUCACAUGUGAUACCAAACAAAAGAAAUCAAACUGACAAUUCAAAAUCGCAAUCUCUAUCAAAAAUCAUAGCUGGAAUUAUGGGUUUGUAAUUUUAAGUAGUUCAUUUUCAUCAGAAAUAAUUACACAAAAUCAAUAUGCAUAUAUGAUGUUUGUCUUAUUCAAAAAUUUAAUGUUUCAAAUAAUCUUGGAAAAUCAUUCAUUUACAUGCUUGAAAAAAGGGAUAUGUAAUUUUGAGUGUUUCAAAUUGGUUUGUGUAUGUAAUGUUUAAUAUCUUGAUGUACACUUCAAUACUAAUAUUUAAUGGAAAAUGCAUAUUGAUCUAAGUAUAAAAAGAUUUAGAAAAAUGUUUUAUAUGUGUAAAUAAUUAAAUCUUAUCUUAUUUAUUUUGCGUUAGUAUAGUCAAUUAUAUCUUUGGCAUAAGAUUUGUUGUAUUAUUAUUAUGAAUUGUUUUAUGGGGAUUGAUAUACCGAUUUACUAUUGAGUCGUUAAACACUACACACUGAAUAGUUAUACAAAUUAUGUUAAAAAAAUACAGCUAUUAGACAUUCUUCACAUAUUUAAUUUAAAUUAACUUUUUGAGUAUUUCUCUGUAAUCCAAUUACAUUUUGAUGUAUAUAUAUAUAUUCGAGGUAAUAGAUUUUUAAUUAUUAAUUCUGAAGGAAGAAGUGAAGGUUGUCUCAGUGUACUAGAGUUAACAUUACUGCUUAUAAGAGGCUAAUAAAAUCUACCUAUAUGAAUAUUCAAUGAAUUACCUAAAAAAAUUCAAGAAACUGUUUAAAAUUUAAACAAAAAAAUAUUUUAUGUCUGAGAAACACAAUUAUCAACGAUACGGGAAGUUGUUUUUUUGUUUUUGCUUUUGUUAUCUUACAUUUUUUUCUUUUAUUUUUCUCUAAUUUGUACCAUACUAUUAUAAUUAAAUGUACCAGUAUUUUAUUAUUUUUAAAUAGCAAUUUUAAUGUUAUAUAAUUUUGCAUGUCACUAUUGUUGUAUCAAUAAAUAUCUUGCCUAUCUAUAACUUUUUUCUACUCUUCCGGUCUAAACUUUAAACUAUUAUAAUUCAUAAAUAGUAAAUUUGAUAUUAGUGUUAUGUACAUCAACAUUUCUAGAAAAAUAUUCUCUAUUCAAAUCUGUGUUCAAAAAGGGGGGGGGGUUCUUAUUUGAAAAUCAAAAGUAUGUACUUAUUUAAGGUAUAUGAAAUAAAGGUACAAAUUUAAAAUGGUUUUAAAAAUAAAGCUUAAAUGAUUCUAUAAUGACUAGAAAAAACAGAAAUCAAAAUCACUUCAAAUCCUCAGAGAUAAAUACUGGUCCAUGAUAAAAAAAAUCACCCUGUAUAUUGUAUAUCUAUUCUUAAAAUCGUAAUAAUUUUAUAUAUUAGAAUUAUGUAUAGGAGAGUCAUAUUGAACUUAAUUAUACAUUGAUGAGUAAAAAAUUAACCUAACAUAGAAUUAUUACCUACUAAUAGGCAUGCCUCCUAUUAAUACCAACUUAAAACUUUAUAAGAGAUCAAAAUAUUCGUACAAAAAAAAACCAACAUUUUAUUAUUGUUUAUGAUAACUAAUAAGUAAAUGGUAUUGAAUUUAUACUUUUUUCUUUCAGGAAUACAGGAUCCAUCUUCAGUUAAACCUACAUCUACGUUAGCUGAUUUAGGAAUAGAUUCCUUGAUGGGAGUAGAUAUAAAACAGACAAUUGAACGUGGAUUUGGGCUGUCUUUAAAUAAUACCCAAAUUCAACAAUUGAAGUUCAGUGAAUUGGAUAAUAUUAAUGCUCAAUGAAAACAUAAAUUGUCAAACUAAUUUAUGAUGUUGAUAUAAUGUUAUUUAAUAAAAAAAUAGUAAUAUUAUUAUUUUUUUAUUUGUAGUUCUACUAAUAUUGUUUUAAGUAUUUAAAAACCAACUAUAA